AUGACUAAUCGGUAUUCAAGAGAAGAGAAAGGGAAAUGGGUCCCUUCUGGAUCGAGACAAAGGAAACGCUCCCCCCUCCGUAUUCCCAUUGGAGACAACUCGAAUCUCAUCAAGGAUAACUCACUAUCAAUCGUAGGGCGUGUUACCAACCCCCUCAUUCAACAUCCUCGUGCUAUCAUAGAUUACCUUCCUCAGCUAUGGAACAUCGAUAGUAGAGUGACAGGCCGUUAG